AUGUCUUCGUAUCUCGAUUUCUCCUCCUACAUUGGAGGCUACCUUUUUUCCGAAGAAGCCGCGAAACAUAUACUCGCGAAGGCCUGUGGCGUUCCCGGGCUUGAAAUGGCCACAAUCCUUCGGACGCGGGUAUACUUCGACCAUAAAUUCCUACUCAGGGCGCCAAAUCUUGUCCCCUACGGCCCUGUCGACAGCCAAGAUUUCUUCCGUUGUUCUCAGGGCUGGGUGCUGGCCUGCCGUUUCGCGUUCGUACCCGUCGGUGACCCCGCUCCGGACGUUUUUCUCGACAAGGACGCAGAGAAGGUCGCCGAUCACUGGUAUCCACGCUCGCUGCGCGACCUCGAGGAGUUUAAACAUGUCAAAUAUGUGCAGUUCCAUCGUGGACCGCAUUCCGAUGGUGGGGGUUACUGGAGCGAGCCUUUUUCAAUGGACGAAAACAACUAG